GCUUUCGGGCCCGCUCUACAGCAGUCGGUUGGCCGCUGGAGGUCGCCGAUACACUUACAUGUGAAUGACGCUUUACGGAGGGGAUGGAGGGGGGCUUUCUCCAGAGGUCUCCCGCAGAAGCCGAGACUGGCAGUCCGUCCCUGCACCCUGCCUGCUCGCAAUGCCAUUGCGUCGCGCUGUCCUUCUCAAGACGGGGGGAAAAAAGGCACAUUAACGCCAACUUAGCGGGACAUACGGAAGGGAUAGAGACACCGCUUCUUAAUGCAUUGAAGUGACAGCUGGUCUAUGGGGAUCCGACGCGACAGAUGAAGCACUAUUAAGCCGGGCAACCUGCACUCGGUUUGUUGUGGUAGCGGAGCGGUGACCGCCGACGCGGAAAUCGUAAUCAUUAGACUGCACUGUCCCGGCAUCCGUGCAUGGAUGCAUCAUGGCCACUUUUGUGUGCAGGGUUCAGUUUUUAGAUGACACCGAUCCGUUUAACAGCACCAACUUCCCCGAACCGACGAGACCACCUCACUACACCUUCAGGGAGGAUAUUCCUCUAAUAAACCAGAUCGCCGGAAUCCAUCGGCUUCUCCGAGCGCCACACAAGCUUGAUGACUGCACCCUGCAGCUGUCCCACAAUGGCACCUACCUGGAUCUGGAGUCCAGUCUGGCGGAGCAGAGGGACGAGCUGGAAGGCUUCCAGGAGGAUUCUGGGAGGGGCAAGAAACACAGCGUCAUCCUGCGUACCCAGCUGUCCGUUCGGGUCCAUGCCUGCAUCGAGAAACUCUACAACUCCAACGGACGAGAGCUAAGAAGAGCUCUCUUCUCCCUGAAGCAGAUCUUCCAGGAUGACAAAGACUUGGUCCAUGAGUUUGUCAUGGCCGAGGGGCUGACAUGUUUAAUAAAGGUGGGAGCAGAAGCGGACCAGAACUACCAGAACUACAUCCUCAGAGCCCUGGGACAGAUCAUGCUCUAUGUGGACGGAAUGAACGGGGUCAUAGGUCACAGCGAGACCAUCCAGUGGCUCUACUCUCUCGUCGGAUCGAAGUUCCGCCUGGUGGUGAAGACAGCAUUGAAGCUGCUCCUGGUCUUCGUCGAGUACGCCGAGGCCAACGCCCCCCUGCUCGUCCAGGCCGUCGACACCGUGGAUACUCAGAGAGGGCACAAGUUAUGGUCCAACGCGAUGGAGAUCCUGGACGAAAAGGACGGAGUGGACACGGAGCUGCUGGUUUACGCCAUGACCCUGAUCAACAAGACGCUGUCAGGGCUCCCAGAUCAGGACUCCUUCUAUGACCUGGUGGAUGCGCUGGAGGAGCAGGGCAUGGAGGCCGUGGCCCGGAGGCACCUGAGCAGGAAGGGGACAGACCGGGAUUUGGUGGAGCAGUUCAACAUCUACGAGACGACCCUUCGGCAUGAAGACGGCGAUGACGAUUCCCAGCCACCUCCCGCCGGGUGCAAGGAUCGUAGGCGGUCCAGCGUGGGCAGCGGCAGCGAGCGGCGAGGCCUGGAGCGGCGGCGCAGCCGGAGGCACUCCCUGGGUCGCAACUCGGCGCCUGCCUCCCCCGGCGGCCCUAAUGGUCCGGCCCACCACCCCCUGGCAGGCCAGAGCUCUCAGGACACCAGCGAGAGAGUGCCCCGGUGCCACGACACGCUUCACCUUCCCAUGAUAGAGGAGGAAUACGAGGAGGAGGUGGAGGAGGGAGAGGAUGACCCUCCGGUCACAGAGCCUAAUACUGAGGAUGAGGAGGAUGCAGAAUCCUCUACCCUGGGUGCUCCCAGCGAGGCCGUCCCAGUGGCUCCAUCAUUAGACACGGUCAGGGAUAUUUCUCAGCCAGGUUUGCCCCGUGGGGACGCAGCCGGCUUUGAACCCGUGACUGCUCCCGAUCAGGAGGAAGGGACGGCGGUUCGCUCCCCUCCUGACUGGCCUGAUUCUGCCCAGCCGUCCAUCCUAGCCUCCCUGCUGGCCCAGCGGAAAUCUUCCAUCAGUGUCCCACCCUUGUCAGAGGCGGUCCCCUCCCUGCGAGGGGCCGUGUCCCCCUCGCCGGAGCGCCUGCCCUACCUCCCACACUCCCCCUUCCAUCUCUUCUCUUAUGACUUUGAGGAGGAGGAGGUCGCGUCCACUGUGCCCAAGGCUGGACAGAUCGCGUGCAGACACCCUGGCGUCAGCGGCCCCUCCCCUUGCAGGUCCUACUCCACGCUCAGCCCUCCCCCCACGCCUACCACCCGCUAUGGGACAUCAGUGUCUCCAUCACUGGAGUCCAACAACGAGAGGGCAGUCAUGGGGAACCUGCUGUCCUCCUCGUACCGGCAGCACCAGGAGUCCCUGGCCGCCGAGCGUGAGCGCCGGCGGGUGGAGAGGGAGGAACGUUUGCUCCGCAUCGAGCGCGAGGAGAGGAACCGCUUCAGUCGGGACUUUGCGGACAAAAUGGAAGAAGCUAGACAUGCGCGGGAGGAGAGGUACAAGCACGUGGAGCGGAUCGCCGCUGAGGAGUACGAGCGUGAGCGGGUAAGGUGCCCCCCCAGGGGUCGCGGUGAGCUGAACCUGAGCCUGAGCCCGACCCGUGGCGGCGAGACGUCCCGGAGCACCACACCAUCAUCGACUGAGUCACAGGAAGAGUGUGAGACUCCGCCCACCCCUGGCCUGCCUUCAGAGACAGAAACCGCCGGUGAAGCCGAUUCAGUUGCUGAAGGAGAAACUGAAGCCUCAUUAGAUGUGGAGCCAGAGGUUUCAGCCUCAGGACUCGAGGGUGAGCAGGAACCAGACCAGGAGGAGGAAGAGGAAGACGGUGAGUUCAGAUCCAAAGAUGGAGAUGGGGCAGGUGUUCUGAACGAGGUGAACGAAAGGAGCGGGGAAGCAGAUUUGGAGGCUGACCAGGAGGCCUCGCCUGAACAUGAGACUGAGGACGGCGCCGUCUUGAGUGAGAAGGAGCGGCAAAAUGAGGAGGUGAAUGAGAAAGAUAACUGCUCGGCCUCCAGCAUCUCCUCUGCCAGCAGCACUUUGGAACGGGAGGAGAAACUCAAUAGCAGCCAUGAAACAGGACAGUGGACACAGGGAAUUAAGGACGUGGAUGUGAAUGAACAGUGCAACACCAUCCUCACCAGCAAGCGCUUCAUGCUAGACAUGCUGUACGCACAGAACAAGAAGCCGCUGGAGAACGAUGAAGAGGAGGAAGAAGAGGAGAGCGAGAAGGAGAAGGGCCAGGAGAACGAGGACUCGACCCCGCCUGCACAGUCCAACAGGACGUCCAGCGUGGGGGACAGCUGUCAAGAUGAGGACGGGAAGGACAUGGGCACUGGGAAUGUGGAUAACCAGGGCAGCGUCCGGGCCUUCGCAGAGAAGUUUGGAGACCUGGUCAAGGGACUGGUGUCGCCGCCAUUGCCGGAAAGUUCUGAGAAGCAACUGACAACAGAGAAGCCUACACUUGCACCCCUGCCGCCCAAAAAGGAGUCAGAUUACAUCUGGGACCAGCUGAUGGCCAGCCCACGGGAGCUCCGAAUUAGGGACAUGGAUUUCACGGAUCUCGGUGAGGAGGAUGACGAGGACAUCUUGGACGUUGGCAGUGUGAUGGGAUCGGGGAAGGGGCUUCCACCGCCACCCCCACCUCCAACUUUCUCCAUCUUGCCACCUCCUCCCCCGCUUUUUGGCUGCCCGCCGCCUCCCUUUCUCCCCGGUAUGAGGUUUCCACCUCCGCCACCGUCCUCCACCCCUCCCCCACAGCCCCACCUGGGCUCCCCACAGCUUUCUCGUGGUGAACCUCCGAUCUUCCAUAAGAAAAAGAAAACCAUCCGGCUGUUCUGGAAUGAGGUUAGGGCGGCUGACUUCUCAUUCCGGAACCAUAAGCGCUACCGGGAUUCACUGUGGGCCAAAAUGGAACCAGUCAAGGUGGACACAUCCAAGCUGGAACACCUGUUUGAGACUAAGUCCAAGGAGAUGCCUGUCACCAAGAAAACAGCAGCGGACGGCAAGCGUCAGGAGAUUAUCGUCUUGGACUCCAAGCGGAGCAACGCCAUCAACAUCGGGCUGACGGUGCUGCCGCCCCCCCGCACGAUAAAGACGGCCAUCCUGAGUUUUGAUGAAUACGCCUUAAACAAAGAGGGAAUUGAGAAAAUCCUGACCAUGAUCCCCACAGAGGAGGAGAAGCAGAAGAUACUGGAGGCACAGCUGGCCAACCCGGACGUCCCCCUGGGCAGCGCUGAGCAGUUCCUCCUCACCCUGUCCUCCAUCAGCGAGCUCUCCGCCCGCCUGCAGCUCUGGGCCUUCAAGAUGGACUACGAGGUCAUGGAGAAGGAAGUGGCUGAGCCUCUCCAGGAUCUGAAGGAAGGUAUGGACCAGCUGGAGAACAACAGGACGCUGCAAUACAUCCUGUCCACAUUGCUCUCCAUUGGCAACUUCCUCAAUGGAUCGAACGUGAAGGGCUUUGAAUUGAGCUACCUGGAGAAAGUUCCAGAAGUGAAGGACACAAUCCACAAGCAGUCUCUGCUACAUCACGCCUGCACCAUCGUGGUGGAAAAGUUCCAAGACAGCACAGACCUCUACUCGGAGAUCGGGGCCAUCACCCGCUGUGCCAAGGUGGACUUUGACCAACUGCAAGAGAACCUGUGUCAGAUGGAACGCCGGUGCAAGGCAUCGUGGGAUCACCUGAAGGUGAUCGCCAAGCAUGAAAUGAAGUCGGUACUGAAGCAGAAAAUGUCGGAUUUCCUGAAGGACUGUGCCGAACGGAUCAUCAUCCUGAAGAUCAUACACCGCAGGAUCAUCAACAGGUUUCAUGCCUUCCUGCUAUUCCUGGGCCAGCCCGCCUAUGCCGUGCGUGAGGUCAGCAUCCAGCGAUUCAGCAAGACUGUGAGCGAGUUCGCCCUGGAGUACCGCACUACGCGGGACCGAGUCCUGCAGCAGCAGCAGAAGCGGGCCGACCACCGCGAGCGGAACAAGACCCGGGGGAAAAUGAUCACCGACACGGAUGAUGAAGAGGACAGUGAGGGUGGCAAGCUGAGCAGCAACACUUCGGCAGUGCAGGAGAGCGAGCCGCAGGGCCUCCAGCACGCCGAGGACGCUGCCGAGCACGAGAACAUGAAGGCAGUGCUGAGGAGCGGCUUGCGGGGUGGCGACAGCGAGGCAGCCUCCAUGCCUGGCCUCCGCAUCCGCACGCGAGCCACACGAGGUCGCUUGAGUUCGUGGGCGACAGCGAACGAGGACUUGCCCAAUGGGACAGAGGACGCGGCCGAUGAGAUCAUGGAGCGCAUCGUGAAGUCGGCGACUCAGGGCCCGAGCCAGCGCACACUGCCGCGCGAGAGGAAGAGGUCGCGCGCCAACCGCAAGUCGCUGAGGAGGACCCUGAAAAGCGGCCUGACGCCAGAAGAGGCCCACGCUCUGGGAUUGACUGGUGGGCCAGAGAUGCAGGUGUGAGUCACAUGUUAGCUGGGGCUCCCAGAAUGCAACAGGAACCCAGGAGCCCAUCCUCGUCCCCACACCCUCCCAAACCUCUCCACUCCAGCCAGCCUCAUCACCAGCCUCAUCACCAGCCUCAUCAUCGGCUCGCCCUCCAGAUGCCCACGUCUGCCUCGAUCUUGCUCCGCUGCUCCGCGGAAUCCUUGGUCUUGCUUUCAUUUUCGCUCUGUGCUGGUGUGUCACAGUGAGGCUGCAGGGGUCUGUUACUGCGGCAACAUGGUCAGAAAGGAGUCAGAAAGAGAGAGCAGCCAGGUCAGAGGAGGUCAACAAAAGGUUGACUGAAUAUCAUCCAUCCUGUGAGGACCUUUGGCCUCCUAUUGGAAUUUGUGCACAAACACAACCGACCACAAUGGUCAGUGAUGUGGAGAUGCGUAUGUUCACCAGAGCGUGCCUGAUAAGGUAGAGAUGUAGCUGAUACGGAAGCUUGGAAGGUUUAAAACAAGCAAGGGAUUAUUUUAGGCUCAUGGAGAGGGAGAUGACUGCGGCCAUUUUGUGAUGUGACACUACACCAGCACAGAGAAAUGAAAUCAAGACAGCCCUGGUCUUUGAUUACCAGACACCACUAACACACACAGACCUCCCCGCAUCCUUGUGAUUGGAAUAAGAUGUGCUGUGUAGGAUACAGUUUUGGGAUAAGUUUUGUAUCCUGCUGUACAGACCACUAUUUUUUUCAUUACUGUGACUGUGAAGGUCAGACAGGACCAAACGCACACAGAGCAACAAAACCAAAACGUCACGUGGGAUAAUCAGGCCGAAGCAAACAAACCAGCAAUAACACCACUUGCACAGACGAUAAUGUUUAUGCUCAAACUGUGGUCAAGUUGAUAAUCUGAGUGCCCAAGAUAUGUGAAAUGAAGCCUUUAAUCUUACAUGCUGAAUCUGGUCCUGCUGGAGAUGUUUUAGAUGUUUUUCUGGACAUCGGCACCACUAAGAGUUAGUCACCAAUACUUUCUUAGGUUUGGAAUUAACGCGGAAAGAAUGCAUUUCGAACUGUCACAUCUCAUAGUGAUGUAUUUAUGUUGGGUAUUUCGUAUUUCUAAUGUAGAAUUCCAUUACCUUUUCAGUCAAUAUUUUGGCAUUACCUGCAUUUCGACCAUUAUUUUUUCUAUUUUUAAAUCUAGAAAUGGAAUUUCUGGAUAUGAGAAGCAGAUGUAGUUGGGUUAUAUGAAACAGAGAUAACGGAACACUGUGACCUUCAAAAUGGACCCGCGCUUAGCGUUUUGGACAAUUACUUAUGAACGGCAACACACUACACAGUGGGAUUUUUAUCAUGUUAGAAAAGACAGUGAGCGAGGCAUGGAUGAACUGACAGGUGUUGGGGGUUUGAGGAAGCCCAGGCCUCAACCAGCACAACCUUGGGGGUGGGAGGGGGGUGUAAUAGUUAAAAUUUUGAACAAGUAGCGUAUUGCACUGCCAGAAACACAGCAUUGAUUUCAGUGGCAGUUUCCUUUCCUGUGAAGCCACACUGGCGACCAGCAGCUAUCAAAUCAGUAGUUGUGGAAUGACUGACCCUUAUAGGAAUUGUACUGAGUAGGACUGGGCGAUAUGGACCAAAAAUCAUAGUUCAAUCAUUUUCAGCUGAAUGGCGAUAUACGAUAUAUAUCUCGAUAUUUUUUUCACAUAAAGUAAUGACAAAAAGACAGUUCCAAAUAUAAGCCAGAUCUCCCAAGUGUCACAUGGGCAAUUUUAUUAACAGACGGCAUGAAAAAAUACCUCCAAAAUGUCUCGUCCUAUAUCUCAUGAAAGUACACCAACGUAUCUUAAGAGCUCGAUAUCGCCCAGCCCUAAUAUACUAUAAUAUACUAUAAUAUACUAUAAUACUGAGUAUGAAUUUGUACAAAUUGCAUCAUUGACAGUUUGGGUUGCAAAGAGGCGGCAAAUUUCCAGAAACUUUCCAUUCAGUGGCAAGUUAAGAUGGGAAUUUUGAAAAUAUUCCAAGUUGGAAACUUUCCAUGGGAAUUACAGUACCAGGAAUUUAGGGGAAUUCAUGUAAAAUUCCCAGAAUUCUGUAACCCUAUUUACAAUACGCCCAGUAACUUGACAAAAAACUGUCUGGAGAACAGGAGCUCUUUUUGUUUUUUUUUUUUAUAAAUUGCACAUUAAUCUAAGCGCUAAAUAUAUGCUAUAUAAAUGUAGUAUAUAUUUAUAAAUAUAUAUUUAUAUGCCGUAUAUUACAGAAGACAACUUGAAGUGGUAGACGAGAGCUGAGAAAACAAAGAUAUGUUGACUUUAUCCUGAGUAAACCUUGAGUAUUUAAAUGGUAGUAAAAUAAAAUGCAAACUAUUAUUUAAGACUCUGAAUAAGGAGUUUCGAAGGGCUUUGGUUGGAGAUGUGCCUUUCAAAAACGUGGCUAUUUAUUCUGCAGUGUUAAGGGGGAGUUUGUAUGUAACCCCCUGUAAUGUACAGUAAAUACCGUAUCCUCCACAGGCAAGGCUCAGAAAUCAUCCAUAGGUUUCCUAAUGACUGUACGUUUUUAGCUUAUUAUCCCGUACAGUUUCGGUUACAAAGACAAAAGCUCAGUUAAGUGGCUUUACUUAAUAUCAUGAAUCUCUCCACUAGACAUUACCAUUUAAUUUACUGUAAAAAAAGUCAUUUUCGAUUUCACAAGACCUGAUUUUAUGGGUCACGUGCGGUUAACAUAUAUCCGUCAUUCUGUACUUUCAGCCUGUCUUUACAUUUUCUGGAGGAUGAGUUUCACAGAAACUAAUCACUGUGCUGUAAUGUGUAGUGUCUGGCACCUUAUUCGUCAUUUGUAGCAGAUUUCAAAGAAGAAAAAAAAAAAUCAGUUAAAAAAAUUACGAUAGAAGGCACUGUCUCCAGACACAUUUUGUGUUAUUCUGGGAAUUGUAAAAAGAAAAACGGAAAAUGUAAAAGAAUAUCUGAAAUGAACUGGAUGUAAAAUGUAAAGAUGUAUCUGAAAUAUUUAGAAACCGCAGAUGGAGGAUGGACGCUGUAAAAUAUGUCAUACUCCAUUUAGGGGUAUUUUGUUUGUUUGUUUUCUGUGUAAUUUGUGUAGAAUAGUGUAUUAUACCUUCAAAUAUCAGUGUUAUGUAAUUUAAGAGAAACAAGCCGUACACGAGAUGUAUGUGGUGUACAUGACAUGUCUAUCUCGACGUACAAUUGCUUAUCUCAGAGAGAGUAACAUUUGAUCUUGAUGUCCAGUGUUUUUUCCCCUUUUUGUUACAUUGUGUUAUUUGGCUUUUAUGGACCUUAAGCCCCCUCGUUAUGAUGAUGUGAACCACAUGGCCCACCGCUCAAGCGAUCCAGAGACGUUUUUGGGAACUGUCCGUUCCCAUCCCGCUUCUCCGCAAAACGCAAACAGCUUUUCAGAGUAGGAACCGGACGUGCGGAAAACCGGAGAGACUUAUGUACACACACACUUUGCAAUUAAAGCUCUUAUGAAAUGUC